GGCACAGGUUACAUAGGUAUGUUAGCUGUUGGUAGUUGGCUUGUGUUAAUGGUAUGGCUGGUAACAACUGUAGCAACAACAACAACAAAUGUACAAGGCAAUGCUUUUUUGGAACUGCCUGCCAUGGAUCAGGACGCAAACGUGACGUGUGGUGGACUGGCAAUCACAGUAUUGUUACGUCAUGAAUACAUAGCGCGAAACAGGAACUGGAUUGGAGAUGGAAGAUUCUUGAGUCUCAAGGACAGAACAUGUAGAGCUAUUAUGACGUCAGAUGGUGACGCAAUUUUCAGUGUUGCCGGGGAUUUUUCGAGCUGCGGGAAUACUGUGUCUGUUACAGAGCAACUAGCUGACACCGGUGCACUGGAGACAACCGAAUAUAAAUUCAGCAACCAACUUGUUCAUGAGGCUGGGACUGGAAUUGUGUCGAGAAAAAUUAAUCUGUUUAAAUUCGAUUGCAUUUAUUCAGCCAAUCAGCGCCUCAGUGCUUUGACCACGUCAGCUGACGUACACGUGAUCAAAGUUGAAAACAUAAACGGCGAAAUGGAAGUUUUUAAAAACAUCACUGAAGAUGCAGUAUACAAUAGCGCUCCUAAUAUAACCAGCAACCAGACUGUAUUUAUACGUGUAUCAGUAAAGCAGCCACCCGCUAUAAAUAUUCCAACUGUUAACUUCAAAUUCACGACCGUUAUUGAAAAAUGCUGGACAACAACUACUAAUGUUAAUAACUAUACACUAGUUGAAAACGGGUGUCCUGUAGACCAACAUGUAGAUAUGCUAGCUAAUGGAGAAUCCCUGAACGCAACAUUUGGUGUCCAGCUAUUUCAAGUGGUCGUUGGUAAUGCAACAAGCGCCACAGUGUAUUGCGCGGUGAAAUUAUGCAACAAAACCAACGAAAAUUCGUGCGUGCCGCAAUGCAACGAAAAGCGGAGGAAACGAUCCACCGAGGAUGAAGAUCGUGAAAUCAAAUAUUUCAUAGAAUCGUCAAACAGGGUUAUUGAACUAAAGUUUCCAAUAAGAAGAAAUGAAGCUUUACCUUCGGUACAAACUUACACGGCCACUACAGCUAAGCCGGCGAAAAACGAGGGUUUAUCAAAUUUAAAUAUUAUUCUUCUGGUGUCUCUGACUGCUGGAGUUAUAAUCAUAGUUGCCACGAUUCUUUGCCUGACAGCAAUUCUAUGUUCGAAAAAUAGACGAGGCAAUCCAAAAAGAAUGGACGCGUUUUGAUAUCUCUCUCUUGCGUGCCCAUAGUUCUAUGCAUACGGCAGCAGAUUUAGAAUAUUAUACUUAUACUAAUUAAGCUCUUCAUUCGCGUUUACCCUUCAAGGUUAUACGCUUAUAUCGGUUAUAACCGUAGCUCUCUUGUUCCUAACAUUUCUUUUUAAUUUCUUAGAUGUGAUAUUUUCACAAAAAGGUUAAAGCGACUUUUUAUAUUUCAUUUAAGUUUUACCGGCAAGGACUUUUAGUGUAAAAUCUGUAUUUACUUUUAAGUGGGAAUAUCGUCUUAAAUAUGGAAAGAUGGGGUAAGAAGGGACACCUUUUCAAUCUAUUUUCUCGUCUCAUUUGGAAGUAAACAAACAAUAUCCAAAGAAUUAUAAAACCGUAUUUCACGACUCCUGCAGACCUUUGUUAAUCGUUUAAAACACGAUUAAAAUAUUUGGAUAACAUGUAACAUGUGCUAAAAUCGUCCCAUCUUCCUUCACAGUACUACACUUAAAUUGCAAACCAAAGUUUAUUUCUAAACUGCUUUAUAAACACCCCCUGAAACAGCUUUUAAGCUUUUUACAGAACAUUUAGCAAGACUGGGUUUCUAGGACUACAAUUUUUGAAACUGUACAUGUUAAAUUAGAUAAGCAUAUCUUUUUUCUAAGCUGGCCCAUAUUCGUUUGCUUGAUUGCAGAUCUCUUAGUUUAAAUAGUUCGAAACGCAUGAAAUACAAUAAAACAAUAUGCACUGCUCC